AUGGAGACACCCAAGGAGGUGAAAAGCCAGGCUAUAGCAGAUCUAUUGGCACAGUUUCCGAGAGAAGAAGAAUUCCCGUUGGACGAUGAAGUUCCAGGGGAAGUAGUCAUGGCAGAAGAAGUUAGAGAACAAUGGGUAAUGAAAUUUGAUGGGUCUUCUAUCACCCAAUCAGGGGGAAUGGGAGUAGUUCUGUACCAUGAAGAAGAUAAGGCAGUAGCGCUAUCAUUCAAACUGGAAUUCCCCUGUUCAAACAACAUGGCAGAAUAUGAAGCCUAUCUAAUCGGGUUGGCCACAACUCUUGAAAUGGGGGUCAAGCACUUAAAGGGUAAUGGCCCAAAAGAUGGAGGAGAAAUUUUCAACUUUCGAAAUAGAACAUGCUCCAAGGAACGAAAACCAGUUUGCGGAUGCAUUAGCCGCAUUAGGCUCGCAAAUAAUGUUCGAAGGGGAAGGGAUAACACUAGGGUAGUGGUCAACAAGAGGGAAGAAUCCAUUAUUGAAGUGUUAAAGGAAAGAUUUCGGGAGGAAAUGUGCAAAAGGGAUUGGCGAAUCCCCAUAAGGGAAGCCUUGAUGAAAGAAGAAGGUGCCGCAGAACUGAAAGUGUUGAAAGACUACGCCCUGGUGAGAGGAGAACUGUACUGCAAGAUGCUUGGUGGGGUUUUGUCCAGAUGCAUAGGGCAAGAGGAGGCCUAG